UUUAAACCAUCCCUUGACCGGCAGAGUCCCAAAGGAGGUUUCUCUCCAGAGGAGCGUGUGCACGCACACACAACACACACACACAGAGCAGCCGGGUGCUUCUUUCACACAGCUUCGCCCUACAGAUCCAAGGAUGACGCACCUGCCGUUUAAAGAUGCCUUCUGGUGCAAAGAAUUCACUCUUCACUCUGGAUACGAAGUGCUCCUGCAGCGUUUGCUGGAUGGAAGGAAAAUGUGCAAAGACAUGGAAGAUUUGAUUAAGCAAAGGGCCCAGGCUGAAGAACGUUACGGGAAGGAGUUGGUUCAGAUCGCCCGGAAAGCAGGAGGUCAAAGCGAAAUCAACACUUUAAAGGCCUCGUUUGAAAUCCUGAAACUCCAAAUUGAAAGCGUGGGCAACUCUCAUAUCCAGCUGGCCCUCAUGUUGAGAGAGGAACUAAAAGCCUUAGAAGAAUUCCGAGAAAGGCAGAAGGAACAACGGAAAAAGUACGAGAGCACAAUGGAACGAAUACACAAGAACAAGCUCUUAAUGUUCAAGAAAACCAUGGAGUCCAAGAAGGCCUACGAUCAGAAAUGUAAAGAUGCUGACGAGGCUGAGCAGGCAUUUGAGAGGAUAAGUGCUACUGGGAACCAGAAACAAAUAGAAAAGAGCCAGACCAAAGCAAAACAGUCCAGAGACUCGGCCAAUGAAGCAGAAAGUGUGUAUAAACAGAACAUUGAGAUACUAGACCAGACAAGGACCACGUGGGAACAAGAACAUGUUAGUACUUGCGAGGCUUUCCAGCUUCAGGAAUGCGAUCGGAUCACUAUCCUACGGAAUUCUCUCUGGGUUCAUUGCAAUCAACUCUCCAUGCAGUGUGUGAAAGACGACGAGCUUUAUGAAGAGGUUCGGGUAAGCCUGGAAAACUGCAACGUGGAGUCCGAUAUGAACGCCUUCGUUCAGAAUAAGAUGACGGGAACGGAACCACCAGCUGCCAUCGGCUACGAGAAUUAUUACGAGAGAACUGGACCCAUGAAGAAUUCCAACAGCCCAACAGCCCAGAGUUGCGGAAUGAUGAAAAGGUUCUCCGACUUGUUGCAUGGCAGCACCCGAAAUGCUCCGGAUAACAUUAUUUCCACAAUAACCCCAACUGCUGAUCAAAGGGCGGACGGCGUCUAUGCAGCAAUUCACGUGGACGUCAACACUGCUGUGGACCAUGAUUACAGAGUUCUCUAUGACUACACGGCCCAGAACGAGGACGAGCUGGACAUACGAGCAGGUGAUAUUGUCAACAUCAUUGAAGCCGGCGAGGAUGGCUGGUGGACCGUAGAACUGGAUGGGCAGCGAGGAUUUGUGCCCGGCUCCUAUCUGGAGAGACUUUGAUGGGAAGAACCGUGCUUUCCCGAGCGCUACCUUUUUUUAUCAGCUAGAAAUCUCUUUUUAAAAAAAUCAAGUUUUUUCCUCUUUGCACGUGGCAGACGAAGAGCUACAAUUAUACUCUUUAUUUUAACAUAAACGCCACCCUGCCUCUUAAUUUUUUUUUUUUUGGAAGGACAAUUAUCAAAGAAAAGACAUCCAAACUUGUGCUGAUGUUCUCACCCUAGAAAUGUUAUGUUCCCAAAGGUUUUUGUUUGCCUUGUUAAAUCCAGCUACCCGUCCGAUCCCAUCAAUGUUUUGGUAGAACCUUGACCGGUUUUCUACACGGCAAUUUUUCCCGCCCCCAAAACUGUCUUUGCCAUGCUCCAAUGACGUUGGUGGAGUCAGAAACACCGUGGACUUUAUAAUAAAUGAUUGAUUAAAGUGCAUGUUUUGAAAUGAUUAAGAUCUUGAUUCCAGAAACAACGCUUUCCUUUCUUUUUCGCUCUGGGUGAAACCACGGCGGACUUACAAACCAUCCUUUCUCUAGGGUUGCAAUGCCUUUUUUGAUUCAGGGUGGAGCGGAGGGCGGGUGGAUCCGUCCUAAAUGCUACCGUCUCGAGAUUCUCAGCUCUUCGCAGAAAAUGCAUCUGCAAACUGUUCUAGCAGUGCACACACGAGCAACAUUUGAAGUUUUAGCAGCUGACAAUCUGACCCCAAAUCGAGAAAAGGAAGUUUCAAAAAAAUAAUAAUAAUAAUCACAAGAUCUCUCCGGAGAUUUCUUUUGUUGCAUUCAAUAUUGUCAAGACCUUUUAUACGAUGUUUCAGUUUGAACGCACUGGUGGGCAGAAAUGAUGGCAGGAGUUAAUAUUCAGUUAUUACACCUCUUAUUUAUAUGCUGCAACCUGUAACUGCAGUGGCCAUUUAUGACCCCCUCCUCCAAAUCAUCUGGUUCCUAACUGCCCACCUCAGGGGUGUCCAAAGU